GGGAUCGGCGGAAUUCUCGCGAUAUCGGGCGGUCCGUCCGCGCGCAGGCGCCGCGGGUUUGAACCGGUUUGACUGGGAGCUGCCGUCAUUGUCGGUGCCAUGUUGUUUUAUUCGUUUUUCAAAUCCCUAGUUGGGAAAGAUGUUGUUGUCGAGUUAAAGAAUGAUCUCAGUAUCUGUGGAACGCUGCACUCAGUUGAUCAGUAUUUGAACAUCAAGCUGACAGACAUAAGUGUCACUGACCCAGAGAAAUAUCCACACAUGCUCUCUGUGAAGAACUGCUUUAUCCGAGGCUCGGUAGUGCGUUAUGUACAACUCCCAGCUGAUGAGGUGGACACGCAGUUGCUGCAGGAUGCAGCAAGGAAAGAAGCAAUGCAGCAGAAGCAGUGAAAUUAAACUGCAGUGUGGACACUAUCGAGAAGCAGAGGGGACGGAAUGCACGAGAAUGGAAAUUUACACUGAAACUCAGCUGCCAAAUACCAAACCAAAAACCUAAAUGUCACCAAAUUUCUGUUUAUGCAUCAUUGACUGUAAAUUGGUUAUGUUUAUUUCUCUUUCUCAACUGAGGUGUCAAAUAGGUUAAGCCUUGUCUCAACCACUUCACAUGUCCUCAGGAAGGACGCAGUUGUGUUUUUCUCUCUCUCUCUUUCUCUGUCCCAUUGCACAGUGACCUAGCUGAGUUUGGAUGACAGUGGUAACCAGUGCUGUCCUUUUAAUCCCUGAUGAAUCAGGAGAGUGCAUCACUUCCUGUGUGUCAAUUUCAACUACCUUUCCCCGAAUACCGGUGUAACCAGUGUAAAUUUCUUUCUUUUUGAUUUUUCAUCUCUUAAAAAUUGUUUGGAAUUGUUUUGGUUUUGCAAUCCAUUUGGAAAUACACAUUUUUGAUCCCUUUUGAACUUGUAUCAAACUUAAAGAAUGAUGUGAUUUGUGUCAGUUUUCCAAAAUUGUUUUCAGCAACUAAACUGAGAUAUUACUGAAUAUCUCACCUGUUUUACAAUUUAACAAGUAGCUGAGAUUCUUGUGCCCAUUCUGAGGCUUGUUUGUUAGCUGAAAUGCAGGGCCAGAGAUCCAAACAUGAGGUAGCUGUGCUGGAUGAAAGUGACCAAUUAGCAGAGUUGCAGGUAGGAUAGGAUCUUGUUUGGGUUGUUUGCAGAUGGUCUAGGCUCAACCUCGGAAAUAAUCUUUCUUUGUGACUAAUAUUGGUGCAUUGCAAAGUGAACUUUAAGUAAAUCAGUUUGUCUGACUGGAGGUACAGUUUUUUUUUUGAAAAGAAUUACUAAUCUGCUAUUUUUGUUACAAUGAAAGUUCAAGUGCUUUUUGAUUUUGUACUUACAGCUGGAAGACCCCCUUUUUGAAUAUUGUGAUGUAGCAUCACUAUAAAAUUAAAAUAAAAUUCCUGUAACAGAUAA